AUGGAGACGCCGUCGACAGACAGCAAGCACGAAAAGUCAAGUUUGUUAUCCUGCUCAUUUUUCCAAAGUUCACAAAAAAACGGACUGGCCAAGUUGUGAGCGGAAGGUGAUCCACUCUUUAUCUGUCGACGAACGUUCAGAAUAUCGUCAAAAUAGUGCUCAAUAAUUUCCUGAAUCUGUUGAAACCCGCCAACGCGUACAAACUUUGCGACCACACUUUUCGGACACUUUCCACUAAAUAGCUAUCUUUUUACAAGUAAGUAUUUCAGUGCUAUUACCAUUUUGACUGAAAAGUAGUUAGUAGUGCGCCACACGAAUUACAUACGUGGUGAAUCGAAAAACAUUUCUUUUUAUAAGUCCAAACUUUCGCGCCGACUCCGAGAAAUCAUCCGAUUGACAACAAAGAAACCGCUCAAAUUCUUUAAAAAAAAGAUAGAUUUGUUUCAAUAUUCGUCUUCACCGACCAGCGUUCGAAAGCCGACUCAUGCAUGCAGAGAGAACGAAUUUUAGAACAUCAAUGUUCACGCGGACCAAAAUUUUUGAUAAAUCUCCAUGAAAAGAGCUAUUUCUAGUCAAUUCUGAAUUUUCGAUGAAUUUUCGGAAAGAUCCAAACCCUCACUCUCCUCAUAUUCCUCCUGGUCCUCACAAAAUUCCGAACGAUCUUCUGCGUCGUCUGGAACAAACGGAUCGUAGUCCGGAAUAUCUUCUUCACUGCUGACACCGUUCCGCUCUGAAAACAGGCGUUAGAAUCAAGUUUAUCUGAAACAGCAACCUACCUUCUGAGGUUUGUAAUUGAGCAAACUGAUUCAACAAUGAUCGAGGCAUACCGCAUAGGCUUAACACAAAAAAAAGAAACCUACGUACAGAACACCGAAAAAUACUACUGAUCCUAAUGAAAAGCUAAUUUAAGCAACUGGAAAUACAAACACUGUUAAAGGACCAGGGAACCCAAAAAUUUUUUGAUGCUUUUGUGAAAUGUUUUUGUGACUGUUUGAAUUGUCUCUUAUUGCCUCAUACACUGGUGAAAUGCUGCCUCUCAAAAAUGCCAAUGAACGAAACGGCAUGCAGUUGAAGUUGUGGCCGUGGCCUAGCGCCAAUGGCCGAAAAAAAUAUAUAAAUAAAUACGCUUCUCGGCCAUUUUAUUUUUUUCCGCUUUUUACCGGUUUUUCCAAAAAAAUUCACGGUUUCUCCCAUUUUUUUCAGUUGAUUGACAUUUGUUCGGCACUUACUUAUUUUUUUACUGCUAAAACAUUGUUUUCAUUCAGUCGAUAUGAAGUGCCAAAAUGGGAGAAACCGUGAAUUUUUGGAAAAAAACCGGUAAAAAAGCGGAAAAAAUAAAAUGGCCGAGAAGCGCAUAUAUUUUUAUAUAUUUUUCGGCCAUUGGCGCUAGGCCACGGCCACAACUUCAACUGCACGGCCCGGCAAUUCAUACAGUGGCCGAGAAAAAUGCGUGGAUUAAAUACUCAGCCCAGCGAUUUCGCUGCUGUGGACUUGCGUACAACGGUGUAUGCAGAUUCAGCAUACCGUAACCCAAAAAUAUGCGGCUAAUUAAAAAAAAAUUUAUUGAAAGUACAGAAAAAGCCGAAGAAAGACGGAAAAAUGUGCUAAUCUCAUCGAAAGUAUAGGGAAACGUCGAAAGUAUACAAGAAAACGUGAUUUUGACAGUAAUUGCAGAAAUGUUCGACUAGAAUUGAUUUUUUCAUUUCUCGGCAGUUACACUUCCAAAAAUACAUUUUUCGGUAUCUCUAGACGUUCUAUGUGUAAAAAAUGUUAAAAGUAUAUAAUAAAAGAAUGAAAACUACGAAUGACAUCAAAAUAUUAGCGGAGAUUCGUUGGAAACGCCGGCGGAACUCGAAGCGAAUUCAUGAACGGAGUGGCCCUAGCCAUAAUUAGCCCUAAAUUUAUUAAUUCGUGGAGAAUUGUGUCUUCAAAUUUUUAUUAUAUAUGAGAGGAGAGUUUCCGGCGCAUAUCCUUUCGAUGUAGAGCAUUCACAUGCUAGCGUUUUGAAUUGACGAUAAUCAGCGUUCUGACUUGUUGAUGAGAGUGUUGACUCCACGCAAUAACCGGAUCGGGUCCAUACCUUGCAGGCUUCUUGGACUUGGCUUGAAACAUCUUUGAUCCAAGCUUAGAGGCUGGAAAAGAUUAAUUUUUGCGAACAUUGCGGCCUUUUCGGCCUCACACCCUUAUAUCUCGGGAAAUUCAUGAAAAACCGAAAAAAAAGUUGAGAUUUUGAUCACAGAGGGCUCUGAUUUUUUGCCAAAAGUUUCUCACUAUUGUAUCCGAUAAUUUGAGCCAGGACUCCGAUCGAUGUAAGGUUUCUGAAGACGUCACGGAGCAGAAUUGUCGAUUUUUAGUGAAUUUUACAAAAACUUCGAUAAAAAAAGUUGAGAUUUUGAUCACAGAGGGCUCUGAUUUUUUGCCAAAAGUUUCUCACUAUUGUAUCCGAUAAUUUGAGCCAGGACUCCGAUCGAUGUAAGGUUUCUGAAAACGUCACGGAGCGGAAAUCUCAAUGUUUAGCGAAUGUUACAAAAACUUCGAUGGAAAACCUGUGAAAAUUAAUAAAAACGGAAGUCAAAGUAAAGAAGUGUAUUAACUUCAAUGACAAAACACGAAUGAAUCACUUAAAACUGCCAGAGAAUCUUUUAUAGCAGAUAAUCCAGUUCGUGUGUUGAAAAAACACACGUGGCCGAAGUUUCGCAAGGCGCAAAAUUUUCUCGGCCAAUGUAUGAAUUGCCGGCCCGUGAACUGCAUGCCGUUUCGUUCAUUGGCAUUUUUGAGAGGCAGCAUUUCACCAGUGUAUGAGGCAAUAAGAGACAAUUCAAACAGUCACAAAAACAUUUCACAAAAACAUCAAAAAAUUUUUGGGUUCCCUGGUCCUUUAAAAUGAUAGUAAACACGUUAAUUAGAUUAAUAACGAAAUGCCAGAGUACAAUGCGUCCAUCGGCGAACUUUUUCUUCGUGAUAGGCAUAUUAUAGGCCUAUCACUGGUCCACGUUCUCAAUAGACCGAUCGCGAAUCACCUGUGGAGAAACUCUUUUUGCAGUGCAAAUUGAGCGACCUCGGAGCCGAGUUUGAAAAGUUAGGCCACAUUUUCAGAAGAAAAUUACUUAGCGGCCUAGAAAUUCGGCCAGAUUGCGAACAACGCGCCCUUCCUGUCCGGUGCCACUAUAAUAGCUUCGGCAGAAAGGUGAUUCGAGCGUACUUUUCGCAGAACUGUCGGAAAUUGAUGGAAAAGGCAACAAUUUUGGCAAGAAUGGCCGAUUUCUGUUUUUUUUUGCUCUGAAACGCGCUGUUUCCAUUUAAAUGAGCUAGCCAGCUGGAAAACGUUAUUUGCAAACUCAAAGUUAGAGAAGGGCACAAUUUUGGAAAUUUUUUUUUGAAGACCGCCCUCUGUAAUUACCACAGUGUUAACCCUAACAAUUUCAGAAAACGUGUCGAAAGUGGCUUCGAAAGUGGUGGUUUGUGCCCGAGUCGUGAACGCAGUGGCCGUGUCGCAGGGUCUGAGCGACGGAAGUGUGACGAGCGCCGCCGUGGCCGGAGAGUUCUUCCGGUUUGGAGGCAAAUUCACGUUCGAAGAGCUGAUCGCGGAAGACGUGGUCGGAUUGAAGAACGAUCUGGAAUGUAUCUGGAAGGCCGUCGAAAGUGAAUGCACCGGGACUGGAGCGUGCUGGAAAAGCGAGAUAAAGAACGGAGUGCUGAUGUAUUUGGAAGCUGCCGAGGCGGGAACGUAUCUCACGGAGGAAAAGUAUCUUCCGGCCGUUGCGAAGAUGAAAGAUAUAAUCGACAAGCUUACUUCCAGUUCAGUCGAAGUUAAAAAAGCGAUUGAUAUCAUCAUUGAAAUAGACACUGUGGCGGACGCUGAUGCAGAUUCCAAGUUUUUCAACCGAGCUUCAUUGUAUUUGGAUGAUGCCGGAAAAGCUCUCCGCACAAUUUAUGACGCCACGAAACUGAUCACGAUUCUGAAGGGAACGGCAGCGGAGAAGAUGGUAUUGUCUGUGCUUAAACUGGAUAGCAUCUCGUCUCAUCAAUCCGGAAAGUCGCUGACGAAGGACGAGUUGACGGCCAUCACUACGAAGUCAAAUAAUCUGAAGAAGUGUCUGACACGGGACAUCGUCGGGAAGAUGAACAAGAAGAUGGAUUUCCUGAUUCAAACACGCUCCGUUUCCGCUGCUCCGUUCGAGCAGAGAAGUGUAACGUCGGGAUUCAUCAGAGGAAUCAAGGAUCUCGGCCAGAUAGACAAGGAUCUGCAGAAAAGUUUCGUGAAGAAGAUUCUCGCCAACGGAGCGAGCAUCGAGCCAUUGAAGACUCGUCUGGCGCCGAUUUCCAGUCUGGCGAAAGCCAUGGAACCACUGGGCACCGCCUGCCAAUCGAUCAGUAUUCCGGAGGACAACGUCAUCAAAGCUCUUCGGACGGAUGUGGAAGCGGCUCUCAAGGAGACCGAAUCACUUUACGACCUGAUUUCCGCUCACGAUUGCAUUUCGGCAGCCACUUCCGCAAAUUCGAUGGACUUCAAACAAUGGAAUUCGGAAAAGGACCGUGCUAAAUUUCUGGAUGCUGCCGUUGCCAACUACAACCAAAAGUUCCCAUCGGAAUUCUCAGUGGAUGAUCUGAAGACGGAUAUUGCCAGUUUCAUUAAGUUGAUCGAUAUGACUAAGCUACCAGAAUCGUUGGACAGACUGAAGGCGUUCGACAGAGCCGCUCUCAGAAAGAAAUUGGAAGAAUCGAAAAAACGAGCAGAUUGCAUUACCACCGAACUGAAAAACUGGUCGACUGAGUUGACCGAGGAUCUCAUCACAAAAACAAAAAAGUGGAUGGACGACACGAAGAUAACUGAUGUUUCCACCUGCCUCGCCAAAAACAACCUAGUUCAGAGAGUCCGAGAAGCAGAGGAUCCCAAGACUCUUCUCAAUCUGAAGGCUGAUAAUCCGAAUGUCAAACAGGUUUCCGACGGAGUGGCCACGCUCAUCGAAACAGUUGCCCAAUGGAAUAAACUGAGUAGCAAGAAGAGACCAACCAGAAGACGUCGGGAGACUGAAAAUAAGAUUGAAAUGCGAGACGCAUUGAAGACUUCCAAACAGUUUGCCAGUGGUGCCGUUGUUUUGCAAGGAUUGGCCAAUGUUCAAAAGUCGCCGGACGUCAUUCAGAAGUUAAUGGCUUUCGAGAAAGAUAUCGACGCGGAAGUGAAGGGAUUGAAGGACGUUGAUCAGGAAAAGGCGAUCAAGACUCUGUGGAAUACGAAUAACAAGAAAGCCAUCAAGGAACUUCCUAACAGUAUCGAUUCUCUGGAAAAGGCGAUGAACGUCGAUCAGAAUCAGAUCAGUGAUUUCAAGAAAGUUUUCGAAGAAGCUGGAACGAUUAAUCUACCAGAAUUGGACUCCUUUUCUAUGAGUCAAACCCUUGGAUUCGUCAGGACACCGGCCGGGGUUCAGCAGACUGUCGCCGCGUUCGGAGCUCUCGAUCUGCAAUUCGCAUCUGCCAAAAAAGGACUGGUCUCGUCGGUCGAUUCUCUCUCCAAUCUUCAAUCCUAUUUCGAUGGGAUCUUUGAAAUCUCGAGGGCGGGACAAUCGCGGAGCAUGAACAGUGCGGCGUCUUCCAAAGAAGAGAAAGACGGUGAUGAUUCCGUUGCAAUGUGAGAAAAACAAAUUUGCGUAACUGCUAAUAUUUGUUUACAGAUACAUCGUUUACGGAGUUGUUGGCGUCGCUGUGGCUCUCGUCAUUGUGGUGUUCAAUACGAACGGUAAUUCUAACGGUGCCGCCUCUUCAGCGUUCAAUUCUUGCAAGUAGCGCGCGCAGUUUCCGCAACGCUGCCGCACACAUUGCUCUGAACACCGAAUUCUUGAAAAUUAAAGCAGAAAAUUAUUCUUUUUGUUAUUAAAACCUAUUCUUUCGCCUUGUUGCAUCUUCUUCUCAGAAAAAAAAAACGUGCGGCACCGUUGCGAAAACUGCGCGCGCUACUUGCAAGAAUUGAACGCUGAAGGGGCGGGGCCCCAUUUGAACGAAAAACCGAUAAUUUCUUAUUUGUCUCUCGAUAGACCGAUUGUAUAGGCCAUUACGAACUUUUUAAGCGCUAGAGCGUCAAAUUUGGUCAAGUCGCAAAUAACAUUUAUCCGUUUGAAGGUUUUUGGCUAAAACUGCGUGAAUUUCAGUUGCUUUUCGAUAAUUUUCGCGGUUCGAGCGCUCAAAAUGCUUGUAUUUACGUGAUUUAUCAUUCUCAAAACCAAUUCUGUCUGAAAACGGUCAAGAAAGCGCAAAAUGAGAAGUGCGCUUUUUAGGCGGCGAUCGGCGGUACGGAGCCGAAGGCGGGCGAACCGCGACAGUACGUGCUCUCGGCGAUUCAGAAUCAGGAGGCCGACGACGCCAGGGUUAACAUUUUUUACACUUUUCUCGCGUUCUUCAGGUCGCGGAUUGAGCCGCUAUUGCCGUCGAGUGCGUCGAGGUCUGGAAGGGCAAGAUCACGCUCAAGAACGGCAAGGUCGAGGAUUGCGCCGUUAAAUCGGUACGUGCCAUGCUUUUCUGGGAAUUGGCCGUGGUCGCUGGGAACGCAUUCCGUUUUAUUCUCAGAGCAAUGCGCCUGCGGGAAUGCGUAGCAUACAAUUUCUCAAAAAUAGAAUUAUUAGGCGAAACUGGAGUUGCUGAACAAUGUAAGGGAUAGGUCAUCCCUUAUUAGGCGCGUUAGAAUAACCCAUUCCCAUGGCGCUUUCCCGGUCGCACUUUGCCCUUGACUCGCAUUCCUGAACCAGGAAGCUGCAGUCAGAGCGAAUCCAUUAGACGCGUCGCGAGCCCCCGCACGCUGCGCCUCGGUUCUCGUCACAGUCUCUAGAACGGAAUGCUUCCAGAGCCGACCGUCGAGCCAACAUCCGAUCACGCCACCAACGCCCCUCGACUUCCGGCCGAUCCAGCUCCUCCGUGACUGA